AUGCGUCCAGGCUACGGCGCUCAGCCACUUGAGACCAGACCCAGUUGUCCAAUCUACAAGCGGCAGUCAAACAAGUCUAUCGCCUGUCUUGUCACCGGCAGGUAAUGACUCUGCUCGAUGAUUCCUUAGUCAGUAUCACAACCCUAACGAGCCACUGGCUACUAUGAAUCGGUAGGCCCAUUCACCGCCUGCUUUCACCUGCUUGCGGGCAGGAUUUUUAUGAAGACUUACUUGUUAACCUCUUAGACCUGACUUCAAACGCAGGAUGAUAGAGGUUGGUGACCACAAUGCAGUCGCAUAGACGUCCGUAAUCUGACCGACACUGUGGCAUAAAAGACCCGUAAAGCGGUUAUUAUUAUUAUUUUGAUUGAUCGGCCGGAUAAUCGUAAGAAGAAAGGUUACCAAAUGAAGGCAAUUAAUUGAUUAGAGUUAAACUGAAACCAAAGUUAGCGGGUAUUAGUCUCACUUUCUCGACUGGUUUCGCAAUCCAUGCCAGGGUUAUCGUGACAGCCGAUGCUUUUUUGUCUAACGUCAAACUCGACAAGUUGAAAUCGGUAUCGGUUUCAGUUGGGAAGACAUAUGUCGCCAAAUUCUCUCUGUUUUUUACUUUAUAUGACUCUGUGGUGACUCUGUGAACGUAAUUGUAAGAGCAUUGUCUAAGUUGCCUGACCGAGGGCUUCGAAGCCGUCUAUUCUACCCUGCGCUGAUGGUAGUGUUGCGAUUGUGAAAAACAGUUAUUUGCACUCAUAUUCCUUUUACUCUAGUCAGAUGGAUGCACAUCAAUCUAACUGGCUUCUCACAGCAAACUGUCCUUAUCUUCCCUGACAGAGGCGAUCGCUCACGAGGUGAGGGAGUGACCAUGUGGACGUCAGAAGGUAAAACGAACAGGACUGCGGGUGCUGCUGAAACGGCAGCUGUUUCGGGCUUAUAAAAGGCCCAUCCAAGCCAGCCCUAUCACAAACCAUCAUCACGUACCGGUUUUGUAUCCGGCCGAAGGUUCUGGCCUGUGAUGUUACUAAAUAAAAUUCGUAUCUUAUUCGUGACUCUAAUUUCAUGUCACAAUUUCCAUAGGGUAGUUGGAGCCUUCAAACCUUUCAUAUCAGGACUGUGAGCUUUGUGAUCUGAUGUGUGUGAUCUUAGUGUAGGUAACAUCACACCUUUGCGCCACUCAGGAAUGGCAUCUGUCAUUCGUCAACCUAACCCUUGAAAAUAGAUUAACGCUGCACAAAGGGCACUUGGCGCUAAGUAUUUGGCAAUUCACAAAUUUUCUUAGAAGCUCACGAAAGCGCUCUGUAGUUGUGCAUUUGCGCUUCUGCUACGUGACUUCAUUUGCCAGACGAACGCAAUCGCCGCACAGAGUAGAAGCCUUGCGUUCCCUUCUAUAGCGGUCUAUUUUGAGGAUGUCAUAUACCAUCGUCUAGUCACUGGAAAUGAAAAAGACUUGGUUAGUUCGUGUAUGAGCGUCCUCUCCUUACACAUGUGCCUUAGGUGAUGGGGAUGAGCGCGCUACAUUUUUCACCAAACUGAUUGAUUUUUGGACCUCAGCAACCCCAAACCUGGGUUUCAGUAGGUCAGGCUGGCGACGGCUAAUAAGUCAGAAAUGACCAUCCUAGUCUCCCUUGUCUUUGUACUUAAUCUCCUUCCGCCUAGUAGUCGAAAAGCUGAUCGUACGAAAGACAAACAUGCAGAGAGUAUAGAGGAAGCUACUAAACGUCACAUAUUAUUGCGUGCCUAAAAGUUCUGUCAUUUUUGGACAAACUGCCAUUAAAGUCUGCGAUGGACACUUGGCAUCACCCACAAUUCCAACAUUUGAGACACUUCUUAGGGCUGCGUAUUGCGGCAGAUAUUUUAUGGCAGGUCGCUCUAAUACGCUGGUCUUCGUUUUCCUCAGUUCAAAUAACCUUUUUUCGGCUGUUUCGAUAUUGUCUGCCAUUUGACUAUUCGCCUAAAAGGCCCACUCUAACUAAAAGGUGAUCUUCUAAGAACAACGAUCCCUACUACAAUGCGAGAUGGGACUUGUCGUAUUUCUGACGUCAGGGAAGCCAAAGUUCUAAUUUCGCGAAUGCGUUGGUUUCAUAUUUGCCUUCCUUUUCAGGGUUUAGAAUGUACGUUUGCGAAUUCCAGAUGCCGGUAUUCUAGAGUGUUUCUGGUUCCCGUACUACCCACUCCCUACCUACAGUGAACCAUACCCGUUGAAACCAGCCCCAAAACUUUCCGCGCUUAAAAACAGGGAAAGUUGACUGAAUACUGUCAAGGUUGGCGCAAUAUUCGUGUUUACUUUUUGUAGAGCCUGCUGUAGUCUGUGUCGUGUAUUCAGCCAAGUGCUUAACAUGUUUUGCUGAUUCAUCGGCUGGAAAAAAGGCGGACUGUUGUUUUGCAAGCACUGGGGUAGGGAAAGCGAAAGCAUUCGGGUUUGGGGACAAGAGCGUGGCGAAGCAGGUUUGUGAGGCGAUGCAUGUGUUCACAGAUUGGUUCAACAGAAGAAACAAGGACCACAGAGGCGUAUUUGACGAGCAACGAUCGCGGAUGGAAAAAAAUGAAAACCAAAAAAAUGCAACGCAUGAGGACAGUAAAUGGAAGAAGGAUCUCAAAACAAGAGUUAGGAAUGACUAAUAACCUUUUUAAGAGAAAUGCCACCAAGCACACUCCUGAGCAUGUUGAAAAUUUAUGGGACAUCAGAAAAGUAAGUGUAUGGUAAAUCAAGCAAGAGCGCAGAUGCCAGAGGAAUCUCUUAAACCGGAACAUCGUGCGGAUCGGCCUUUUUAAGCGCGACACCUUAAGCUGAAGAAAUGACACCCUAGAUAGUUUGUGAACUGCAAGAAGUUGGCAAUACAGGCCCGAAGUAGCGUGUUAACGCCAAAUUUAUUUGCCGCAAAUCCACAGGGACGCCGAUGAUGAUGAUGAUGAUGAUGACGAUGAUGAUGAUGAUGAUGAUGAUGAUGAUGAUGAUGAUGAUGAUGAUGAUGAUGAUGAUGAUGAUGAUGAUGAUGAUGAUGAUGAUGAUGAUGAUGAUGAUGAUGAUGACUUCUGA